GCCCGGAGGUCUCGCGCAUCCCGCGACACAGAUCAAAGCCCUGGAGCGAGAGAGCGCGAGCGGCCUGCUGCAGCAGCAUGGAGGAGUCCGCCCUGCUGAAAGAGAGGCUGCAGGCCAUCACUGAAAAACAUCGCAUCCAGGAAGACAUCAGGCAGAGGAAACUGGAGCUGGACCGUGAAAAAGUCAAACUUCAGCAUCUAAAGAAAAAAGCCCUGAGGGAGCGGUGGCUGCUGCAGGACUCCACUUCCCACAAUGCAAAUCAACAGAGGCUUCUGUCUGACCAGCAGCAGACCAGAGCACUGCAGCUAAACAUCCACAGGACGGAGAUGGAGGUGCAGUCUUUGGAGAGAGAGGAGUUCAGGAUUUCUACCAACGAGUCUUUCAUCCUCAACAGACUGAAGGCUGUGGAGAGAAGUCCAGGGGACGUGAUCAAGGAGGCCCAGGACCGCUUUGUUGCUGAGCCGUUACUGGUCAGCAAAUUCAGCCCCGAUGUCCCAGAAUCCCCCUCUCCACCAGCCAACAAACACUGUGAAACCAACACGCCAGGAAGGACUCUGUUCGCCAUGGAGAUCAACGUGACUAGAAAGCUGCUGACUGGGCCGAGCACAGUGCUCUCUACUGCCUCCGUUCAGCCCGAGAAGGUAGACCAGCGCGCCGGCCUCGAGGUUUACCACCACGACAGGAAGUGUGUUUACGCCUUGAAUUCACAACAGGGGUCACAUGACCACAGCUGCGCGUCUGAGCUGUCAGCAAACGAGGUGGAACAGUUGCUGAGAAGCGCCACAGCGCAUCGCCAAGCAAACCACCUCGGCCACAGCAGAGGGGACGAGAAGUGCUGUUUCGAACACCAAGAUGAGAGAGAAGGCGUGGAGGGGUUUGACCUCAGAGACCAGCGGGGAUGUUACGGUAGCCAUCUGCUCAGAAACACCACACCGGAGAAAGGAUUUAACGGGCAGAGCCAACCAGGAGUCCAGUACCACUACGGUGGCCAGGAAAGUCUUCACAGACAGCAGGAAGAGAGAAUGAACCAAAGCAACCUGAGGGAAGGUCAUCGCCUUGGAAACCACAUGAGGGCGGGACACCCUUUGGGCAACCGGAGAGAUCGUCACUGUAGUUCGUACCAGGUGAGGAAUUGUCACUGUGUUCAGGAAGGUCGGCCUGCUUCCCACCACACCUGCGGCAUCAUGCGGGGCAACGGCGUGGUUAAUCGAGGCAGAGCCAAUGGCCGGCCUCCUCCCAGAUCACAUGACCAGGGAACCGGGUUUGACUGCUCGGGUCAGCUCUGUUACACUCCAGCCAAUUACAUUCCUCUCAGCGAUUACAUCAGCGUGGACGAAGAAGAGCUUUAUGGCCACGCCCCUCCAUCCCGUCCCAGCCAUGAUGGCAGAACAACCGCCGCGCUGUGCAGUGGCCCCGCCCCCUCUGACAGAGCGCCCUCUCCCAUCUACGGAGAAAACAUCCCUUACACCAUCCUCAAUGCCUUGGAGACCACGGAGCCAAUCACAGCCAUCUUCAUGGGCUUCCAGGCGGCGCAGGACGACAGCUGUCGAGGUCGGCAGUUUGAGGGCUCCCUGAAGGCCGAGCUGGUCGUCAUUGACGACAACGCAGACUGCAGCGACGACCACGGUGUGAAGGAGAAGGAGCGCCACGACAACGGCUGUCCAACUGGAGGUUCAUCCAAUGGGAACGGGGAACGCGUGGACAGGGUGGGAGACAGGUGGAAGGAGACACGGGUGGGAUCAGGUGUCAGAAAGAUGCCAAACAAACACCGACCCUGCUGCACCGUGUGCUGACGGUGAUGCAGUGAUGCACGUCGACGCAAUGAGCAGCUGCACCGUCUGCUGACCUCACGACUGGUGAUUCGUCAUUUAUAAACUGCUGCAACAAUAAUACUUUUUAUGGGGACAUUAUGUUGAUUAGCAACUAUCUGGAAACAUAAAUACAUUCUCAAGCUCUUAAUUCUCUGCUAUCAAAGUGAUGAUGUCUCAUUAACUGACCCUUUAUACGUAUUAAACCAUCAGCAGGGCGCUAGCGCUCCUCCGCUGGUACAAACAAGGUGCUACGUUAUCUCAGUGUGUUUAAUAGUUGCUUCUGUAGGUCACUGUUCCAAAGUAGUACUUCUAAAUAGAUGCUAUAACUCAAUGGUCUCCAUCAGAUGACUCUAGAUUUGAACCCAAUGUCAAAUGAAACACGCACAUUGAAUGUGGUCUGAGGCGGAUUCAUUUUGACUAGCUAGUGCUUUUUAGUUGCAGAUGAUUAUCCCUGUUUUAAACGUUUAACUAAAAGUUUGAAUUAUAGAUGCUCUACAUGUCUUUUAUACAUGUGUAUUACGUGCUCACACGUGUAACCAUGAUGCUAAUAAACCUUUUUGUUACACAUUAA